GCAGAUGACAUGAUUGACUCAAAUACUGUUGAAAAUGGCUCUGGUCGUCUUCCGGCCAUUCGAGACAUAGAGUAGCGGCCCCAUAGAAAGGGGGUUAGGGGGGCAUGUAAAGCCGUAAAGACCACUCGCAUCGUGCGCACAUCUAAUAAUAGGAUUAAGGUUAUUUUUCAUCCGGAAUAUAAUGAACCUGUGGCGAAGAAGUUUAUUUGAUGAGAUGGUGGCGAAGAAGAAUGAGUAUCUUAAGGAGUAUCCUGAGGGCACCCCGAUAGAUGAGAUGUCAAUUGCUGAUCAAGAUGCUGGCCGUAAUACUGUGAUGGAUGUACUUGGGAAGAAGUCAGGUAGGCAGAAACGCGGGUUGGGAUUUGGCCGAGUUUGUGGGUCCAAAACGUCUUCUUCUCCAUUCUUAGCAUCAUCAACUAGGUUGCAACAAUUGGAGGAUCAAUUGGUAGCAGAGAGGACAACUCGGGAGGCAACUCCGAAUUAUCUACAAAAAAUUGUGCAACAGAUAUCAAGCAUAGUUCCCGGGUUUGUACCACCCCCAGCUGAUUUUCUAGUAACGCCAGAGACGAAGCAUGUUGAUGAUGAGGAUCAUGACCAUACUUCAUUAGGAUGGUAGUAUUUUGAUAUGUUUUACCUGGCAUAUAACUUCAUUAGGACAGUAGUAUUUUGAUAUGUUUCACCUGGCAUAUUUGCUACUCAUAUAUUGUGUUGAGAGCUUUAGACACU